AUGGGCAUCUCCGGAAAAUUCCCCAACUGUAACAAUAUAGAGGAGUACUUAGAAAAUUUGAUGAACAAGGUGAAUAUGUGCGAUGACGACGAACGACGUUGGAAGCACACCAAUCCGGAGAUUCCAAAGUUAGCAGGGAAAAUAAAUCAACCGGAAAAGUUCGAUACAGGUUUCUUUGGUAUCCAUCAAAAUCAAGCCGAAGAGAUGGACCCCGUUAUUCGCAUGUCCUUAGAAAGUGCAUACGAAGCUAUUGCUGAUGCAGGUAUGAGUCCUGAAGACGUUAAAGGUUCGCGAACUGGUGUAUUUGUUGGAUCAUUUUACUCGGAGGCUGAGUCAAUCAACUGUUAUAAGAAUUUAAAACCGCAAGGUUACAGUCUCGUAGGCUGUACGAAAUCAAUGAUAUCACAAAGAAUAAGCUACGCUUUACAUCUAAAAGGUCCUUCUUUGAUAUGUGACACAGCAUGCAGCAGUAGUUUAGAAGCUAUGAAUCAAGCUUACAAGUCAAUUUGCGAAGGAAAAUGUGAUAUGGCUAUUGUGGGUGGAACAAACUUAUGCUUCAAUCCCAAUGCUACUUUGCAAUAUGCACGACUAGGUGUUCUGAACAUGAAAGCAGAAUGCAGACCAUUUGAUGACAACGCUCAUGGUUUCACUAGAUCUGAGGCGAUCGUUAUGAUUCUCUUGCAAAAAAAGAAAGUUGCUAAACGAAUCUAUACAGAAGUCGUACAUUGUAAAUCAAAUGUAGAUGGAUAUAAAGAACAAGGAAUAUUGCAACCAUCUGGUGAUGGUUAUUCACUUCUCUUCAAAGAAGUCUAUGAAGAAGCAAACAUUUCCCCAACGUCUGUUGCUUAUAUUGAAGCUCAUGGAACUGGCACAGUUGUUGGAGAUCCUUUGGAAGUGAACUGCAUUAACGAUUUCUUUUGUUCGGGAAGAAAAAACGCGUUACACUUAGGAUCAUGCAAAUCCAAUAUAGGUCACACCGAACCUGCUUCUGGUCUUUGCGGCAUCACAAAAUUAAUUUUUGCGAUGGAAACUGGAAUUAUACCACCAAAUAUAAACUUCGAUAAACCUAAUAAAAAUAUUAAAGCACUUGUAGAUGGUAGUAUUAAAGUGGUGACAGAGAAGACUCCUUGGCCGAAGGACUUGAAAUUUGGCGGUAUAAACAAUUUAU